AUGUCCACACCGGAAAAGGAGUUUAUAACUAGAUUCUUGUCACUUGCGACAAUUAAUCCACCUCUUCUGGCUUCGAAUUACAAAAAACCGCUUCAAGCGGUAGAAACACUGGGUGUUGCGCUUCCACCGUUAAGAUACAAGUAUGAUGCCAACAAGAACAAGAAUUCUGGAAAUUGGUCCGACGGGGAGAUUCAUUUGUCAAUGAAAUCCAUCAGACCUCCUAAGUUUGCAUUGUCGCGGUCUUUUUUGGGAAAUAAUACUAUUUACCAAGUCAAGGCAUUCAUUGUAAUGCAGGAAGAAGCCGUUCACGAUGCCACUCAACUAAAAGUACUACUCAAGGGCAAAGUUUUACACGACAAUUUACUGUUGUCGGACCUGAAAGUUUCGGAAGCGCAACUGACCGUUUUAGUUGCCAAACCGGAACCGAAUGCUCCAAAUAAUAAAAAUGAGACGUCUUCUACCAUGGAAACCAGUAAAGCCAAAUUGAUGGUUCCCUGGAAGGAUAUACGAUCAAUAUUGCUGCAAAAACUCGAAGACGAGACAACAGCUCAGGAGAUUUUUAAUCGACUCCAAAGAGGCUGGGAAGUGACUGAAUUACCAUAA